AACUCAUUUGUUUUUUGGAUUUUCGCUGUGCCGUUGCUUCAUUCCGUGCCGCUUGAGCGUGUGAGUGCGCGCGUGUGUGUGAGGAGGUGAAGAGAGGAAGCAAGAAGGAAGCCGCAAAAGGAAAAUCCAAUUCCGAGAAAUCUUAUCAAUGAGCCAAAGACUAAUUGAAAAAUAAUCGAGAUGCGUGUGUUUUAAUAGAGCAAAUUUAGUUUAUAGUUUUUAUUCGGCAUUUUGGUCCGCUCUUUAAUCGGCCUGUUUUGGUGUGUGUGAGUGUGUGUGUACCACGCCUACGCUGGAAAUGGCAGCAACGGUUUACCAACGCCUACAUAGCGUCGCCGUCGGCGUCGGCAGCGCAGUCGGCAGCGGAUCUGCUUCCUUCUCAGGAUCAGGAUCGGGAACAGGCCCUGGAAAUACCUCCUCCUCCGCCCUUCUCAGCCAGUCCCAGCUGACGCGCUCGCUGGAACGAAUCCUGGAAGAGGCACACUUCAGCGGGGAACUGAUCCUGACCAAUCGCAAGCUGAAGGACUUUCCCAGAUCGGGAACGAAGUACUCGCUUACGGAUACCGUCAUCGCAGAUCUGUCCCGGAAUAGAUUCGCCGAGCUGCCCGAAGAAGUCACGACGUUUGCUUUCUUGGAGACCCUGCUGCUGUAUCACAACACAAUUCGCAGCAUUCCGGAAUCGGUGAAGCAGCUAUCCUCGCUAACCUACUUGGAUCUGCGCAGCAAUCAGCUAUCCUCGCUUCCGCGGGAGAUUUGUUUCCUGCCCCUUCAGGUUCUUCUGGUGUCCAACAAUCGAUUGGCUUCGUUGCCGGAUGAACUGGGUCGAUUGGAUCAGACCCUGACCGAUCUGGAUGCUUCGUACAACCAGCUGGCCAACUUACCAGCACGCUUGGGCGAGCUGAGAACUUUGCGUUCGCUUUCGCUGAGAAGCAAUCUCUUGAUGUAUCUGCCCAGGGAGUUGACCUGCUUAAGUCUGAUUUCCCUGGAUGUGAGCAACAAUAAGAUUGCUAGUCUGCCGUUAGAGAUUCGGCACAUGAGCACUUUGGUGGAGCUGCAGCUGGAAAAUAAUCCUCUGACCUCGCCACCAGCUAGUCUCUGCAUGCGCGGCCUAGUGCAUGUGUUCAAGUUUCUGGAGACGCAGGCCACUAAGGACGAGAAGGGUUCCCGGUCGGGCGGAAACUAUGAUGGCUACACCACUUUGCGGAGAGCUCCCCGCCACAAUUCCAGCGGCAACGUCCUCGAAGCCAGCACCAGCGGCAGCAGCAGCAACAACCAGCGAAGGCAUCAAGUCGACUCGGGCUACAGCACCAGCGAUGGUCUGGACAAGCGCUGGUCGCACGAAAAUCCAGCCAAAUCGAAAACGGAUUCACCGCUGCACUGCGUCUCCAGUUCGGCGGCCGCCACAUUGCCCAGAACGCUGCCAAGUGCGGUGCAUUCACAUGCCGAUCUGAUGGAUGCAUCCCUCACCUCCAGCACUAGUACGAUUGUGGAUGAGAGUCUCACCCUGAGUCCCACGGCAUCGCCCUGCAAGCUGAGCUAUACGCAUUCGAAUAGCUCCAGUAAUGGAUCGUCCCCGGAUCAGGACGAGGACAUCAUGCUGGACCACCAGGAGCGCACCGCGCAUCCCUCCAACGGAAAGUCCGGAAAGAGCCUCGGCAGUAUUCAGACCUACAAGGAGUACAAGGAGGCGCUGAAGCAGCAGCGCAACCAGGAGGUCAGCGUCUACAAGCAGAAGCAUCCGAAUGCCAACCACAGUCCCAAUGACGACGACGAGGAUCUAUCCCCGUCGCCGCCGAGCAUCUCGAACGGAUCUUCCUCAAACCCACUGCCAAAGUCCAUAAUGAAGCAGAACAGCAACCAAAACAACAGUCACAAUGGGAACGGAAAUGGAAACGGAAACGGGAAUGGACUCGACGAUGUUGUCAUACCAAAGAAACCCAUCCAGAAGGUGAUACCCUCUCGGAAUACGGAAAUAAAGCCGGCAUCCGCAUCAGGCAUCCCCUCGGCCAUUUCAUCGGAUUGUUUGGGCUACGUGAAGCCGCAGAGUCCGAUGAAGAAUGGCACAGCCAAAUUCAAUACGUCCAACGGUGGCGGAGUGCCACCAACAGUGGGAAUCGCAAGCAGCACCACCAUCAAAUCGCCAGUGAACUCCACCACCAAGCUGGGCACAGUGAAGACACACCGAUCGGUGACCUGGAACCACGAUAUUCCCGCUGAGAAGCUGAGCUUCACCAUGCGACGGGAGUUCGAUCGCCAGAGGGAGGAAACCGAACUGAUGUCACAGUUGAGGAUUAUCAUUGAAACGCGUUUGAAAAUGACGUUGCCCGUGGAUAUUGCCUCAGCCCUGACAGAUGGUGUUAUACUGUGCCAUUUGGCCAAUUAUGUGCGCCCGCGUUCAGUGGCCAGCAUUCAUGUGCCGUCUCCUGGCGUGAACAAGUUGACUAUGGCCAGGUGUCGUCGCAAUGUGGAUAAUUUUUUGGAAGCAUGCCGUCGCAUUGGCGUUGAUGAGGAGUUGAUUUGCUCCUGUGAAGAUGUUGUGCCACAAAUUGAACCGCAACAACAACAAUUGCCACGCGCUGACGAUGACUAUGAUGCUGAUGUGUAUGUCCAAGAUGAUGGCAGCAUCAGCAGCAGCAACAGCAACAGCAAUAUGCAAUGCAGCAACGAUGACAGCGGCAGCAGCAGCUGCAGCAACCAUAUUGAAAUAGUUCCCAAUGCAUUGGCCCUACUGCGUACAGUGACCGCUCUGAUUGCCCUGGAUGAAAAUCCGUAUCAUCAGCAGCGCCAUCAUCAUCUUCAGCUGAGGCAGCAAUCAGUUGUUGUUGUUGGACAACAGCUGCAGCUGCAGCAGCAACACUUCGAGCACGAGCAAGAGCAAUUCAGUGAGCCAACUACCUGCAGCCAACAGCAAGAACAGAUGUUGCUGUUGCAGCAGCAACAGCAGCAGCUAGAGCAUGUUUUGUAUGAGAAUGGCCAGCCGAGGGCUGAAAAUGAUGAUGGGGUUGAGGAUCGUGAUGAUGAUGGUGUAGGCAAACGGCAGCAGCAACUGGCGACAGUGGGUCAAAUGCUGCUGAAGGCCAAGCAGAAAACCUAUGAGAAAAUCAAGCACAAUCUGCUAAGUGCCCAUGGUCAGCAUAAUUUCCAGAGUAACAAUAACAACAGAAUGUUGCACACGAUUGUGGAGAAUGAGCACGAUGUGGCCGCCGCUGGACCGGCGGGUCAUUAUCAAAUUAUCGACGAAAAACAGGAGCAGCCACAGCAGCAGCAACAAUCAGAGGACCUCAAGGAUGCAGGAUCACUGGCCAGCGCAACCAAGGAAGCCAUUAGCAAGCGCAUCGAAUUCUUCGAACAGCAAAAGCAUGGCAAACUGGAGGUCUUCAGCAUCUACUUACCCAAGGAGAAAAACAAGCAACUCGAGCAGAAAAUAAAAGCCAAGACCAACGAAGCUGGAACUUCAUCUUUAUUAAAGCACGAUUCUCACACCUUAACAGUGAUCCUGUCGUGCGUUUUCAUAGCCACCUUCCUCUGGCUGGUCUUCUUCCCGCUGCCCGGCUAGUCCAUAUAGUUUAUAGCUUCAAUAUCUAUGCCUUGAUUUGCCAAUAUAUUUAAGAUCAAAAAACAGAGAGUUAGAGCAGCUAUUGCGCUUAUCCACGUGGUAGUGAGUUUAUGAGGCUGCUUUUGUUUAACGCUUCUGUAGGCUUAAGCCCCAUAUUUAUGAUACAUUAUAUACCUAAAUUUUAAUCUAAGAAACCUCCCAAAGGACAACACAACAAACAGGCAACUUUUGAGGCAUUUAAUUGAGAGACAACCCAAAGACUUUGAAACUGUAAUCAAUUUAAGGCUCGUAUUACCCAUUGAUUAAUUAGGGGUAUGCACAUUUGUGGAUAAAACAUCUAUACUACUUAAAAAAUACAAUUUUAAGUUCCAUGAAAAAAAUACAAAUGCUCCUUUUGUGUUCCAACCAAAAGUUCCUUUGAAACAAUGUUUUCUACACUUUCCAUUUUUUUUUCUCUUCUUUAAGAUAUUUAAUAUUUAUGUAUCUCACAGUCAUAAGCAUUAGUUAUGACAACUAUUAGUUAUAUUAUUUUGUAGCAAUAUAUUCCUAAGAAUAUUACUGCAACAUAAACUAUUUAUUAACCUGAAUUAAAUUAUUAUUAUAUCAUCUAUCAACUUGACUAUAUACAAAGUUACCUUUAAACAACUUCGAACGUGCAUACCCUUAGAAAAAUAUUAAAAAGAGCCGUUUUAUAGAUACCCCUUACACAUCACAUAUUCCUAGUUCAUGUACAAGUUAUUGAACUCUAAAUUUCAUUAAGAAUAUAUGAACGAAACUUUCAUUUGCUUAUCCACGGUUUGAGUCGUGCUGAACUGAAGAAAAAACAUUACCAAAACGCUUCAUUUUUUAUUAUCUUUAGCAUAUACCAAUAAUAAAAUACACGAUUGACUUAAGUUACAACGAAACUAAAUUGAUUUAAUUUCCAUUCUGGCAAAAAGACAAAUGAAAACGUAAAAUAUAUAUAGGUAGAUGACACGAUAUAUACCAAUUAGUUGUUUAAGAUGAGAAAAUAAGGAAAGAGAUUUGUUACAGUUUGAUGGACAUUAUUCUGGUAGUUUUUGAAAAAAAAUCUACUAGAGGAAUUGUAUGGAGUUGUACGGUUUUACUUGAAGCAGGAACACUCAAAAUAGUUGUAGAAAAGCGUGAAAUAGUUGAAUAAUGAAGUUAAUAAUAUGUGGCCAACCAAUUUCAAAAGUAAUUCUUUUAUAAAUAGUGACGAAUAAUAUAUUAUUUUGUCAAGUGCACACAGCUUGUGAUGAUUUUUUUUCAUUUGAGCUUAAAUUUAAUGUUUAACAAGAAAAAUCACUUUGAAUAUAUAUAUAUUUUUUUUUGUCUAACAAUUGAAACAUGUAUUUUUAAUGAACAACCUAUAUGUGGCCAAGAAAACUGUUAAAAUAUCUGCACAAGUUUUUUAAAAUACAUCACCAAACAUCACUUUCACUUGAAUAAAAUUAAAUGAGCAGAAUUUCAUAUAAAAGACCAUUCAAAUACAAAUAAUAAUCACAAAAUAGUGCCUUUGACUGGAGAUCGGCGACAUUGUUGUCUGCCCUUAACCAACAGCUAUAUCGUAUCUAUUAUUUGUCAUUUAUACAUUUCCCAAGAAGUACUUGACUCUUUUCUCUUUCAAUUUAAAUUGUCAAACAAGUUUAUUUGCUUAAACUUGAAAUAUGCUAACAACAUUCCUAACAUUAUAAAAUAUUUAAUUUAUUAUAAUUGUACUUAAGCAAUCGAAACAAAAUUAAAUCCAAUCAAAUUUUUUCAAAAACACAAUCUCUAACACUCAGAAAAGAAAUAAGAUAAAUAUAUAUAUUUACCUAGCGUCUAAAACCAGAAAUAUAUAUUUUGUCUAACAAAAUUAUUAAAGGAAAACAAGGUAAUGAGGCAGCUGUAAUCAGUCAUUAAUUUUUAUAAAAAAAAACCUAUUUAACAUGCAUAUAUACUACAAAAUAUAUACGAAAUCUCCAAAAUGAAAAUUGAAGCCAAAACUUUAUGUCAGAAUUUGUGAAAGGAAUAUUCUAUACGUUCACUUCCAAACCAAAUGAAAAUAAAACCGUUGCAUUUAAAUUUAAGCACAAACUGUCAACUAAGCGCUAUAUAUACAUGUGAAAUCAAAGAGCAAAAUAUAUAUGACA